UUCCGGUACAGUGUAGCCAAACACUGCUAAAUCGUUAAUAGAAGAAAAAUCUGAAAAUACUCUUUUGAGGAAAACAGUGUAUUUAUUGUUUGUCACACACACGUUGUUCGUUCACCAGACGUGGUCCUUCAAGGAAGGUAUAUCGAUACUGUAUCCCGUUUAGCAUCAGGUACAUGAUGAAGGGUCCAGACACAGAUGCAGAGGUUGUGGAGGAGAACAGUUCAUCACCUGUGGAUGAUGCCACUGAAGAACUUCCGCCAUACCUCCGCGAAGAACCACCUGAAGACUUGGAGAAAGACCACCCGAAGACGGAGGCGGGCGUGAUCUGGCGGGUGACGGGCGGCCUGUUCAGCAUGACCCGGGGUGCAGUGGGCGCCACGCUGGGCGGAGUGGCCUGGGUGGGCAGCAAGAGCUACGAGCUCACCAAGACGGCGGUCACCAGUGUGCCCGCCGCUGGCGUGGGCCUGGUCAAGGGCAGCGUGUCCGUGGUGACCGGAGGGGUGGGCGCGGUGGGCUCCGCAGUGGCCAGUAAAGUCACACCAAAGAAAAAGGACAAGUCUGACUAGGGCCUCGCCGAUCAGUCCAACUGCCCACUCAAGACCUGACAACCCUGCCCACCCCACCCCACCCCACCUCUCAAUGGCCUCUGUCUGCUUCUGUGUCUGCCCACUCAAUUGAUCAACAAGACAGAUGUUUUUUUUUGUUACAAAAAGAAUAAUGACAAUGUUAUUGCAAACAAUCUGUUACCGAGGUACUUGUGAACGUAGCAAUUUAAAAUUUAAUUUACUUUUGACUUUUUUUUUUCUUAUUUUGUGUGUUUCUGGGAGAUGGGUGUAUCUUGAUAUGUGCAAGCAAUGUAGGGGUGAGUGUUGCUUAAUGUUUGUAGACAUGUAGACAUUCUGAUUCACGGCAUGAGGCCACAAACCAACCGUCUGUGCUGAACUUCUUGCUUAUGUUGUAUUGAAUUUUAAGCUAAACUGUACAUUCAGCCUUGAUUUCACAGACGUCCAUUGGUCCAACUUAUGUUCAUGUUUAACAGUGUUAAUUAGUAUGAGCCCAAGCUCAGUGCAAACAAUUACUUGCUAGUAUUUCCAGUUCAGAUUUGUUUCAGUUCAGAUUUACAGUGUAGGACGGGUGCUGGGGCACAGCGGAGCGAGUCCUCUGAGGGGGAGUCUUUAUAGCACACUGGCUAACACAUAGCAGCCCUCUCUUUUGGAUCAUGAAUGAGCAGUACUGGCAGUUGUUAAUAAUGUGAGUUUAACAUUGAACUUUGAAAUGCUGACUCACAAGAUGACCCAUGUCUAUGAGUCGUGUCUGUCUCAAUGGUUAGUGUUGAAUUGCAGCCUCAGAAUCAAGUGUUUGAUUUGAUGUAAGGGUGGUUCAGAGGAUGCAACAUUUGCUGUGAAUGAAAUGUCUCUUUCUUUUGUUACCUUUCAUGUAAGGACAGCAGACUAUUUGGGCUGGAUGUGAAGUUCAUGAAAGUGUAUCUGGUGAGGAGCUCAGAAAAGGGUAAUUUGCUUCUCUGUGCAACAGGAGUCUCCAGGCUUGUCAACACUAUUAAUACGUAACCAUGAGAACAAAGGAUCGCUACAGGAUGUGAGGAGACAUUUAGUCCUGACAUUUUCUCUUCUUGAUUUAAAUGUACAUCCACGUGCCUCAGCUUUUAAGGAAAGUAAUGCCACUCAAGUCCUUUAUAAAAAUGUGACAUUCCUCUGUUGUCGCAAUGCUGUGUACUCCUUGUUCCUCUUUAAAUACGCUGUUUUGUCAGAAGGAAAAUCUUUUCAGACAAACAAAAGAAAACCCUUGCUGAGAACACUGGGCUGUUAUCUCUGAGAAGUCUUUUUCCUGGCCUUUCAUCCUUCAAAGGUGGUCGAUUUUGGAAGCAAAUUGUCUGGGAACUUUUGUAUUAAAAGUUACAAUAUUGACCAAAUAGAUAAAUAUAAACAUCUGAAAUGUGUUUGAACAAAUAUACAGCACUUUUUGGUUUCUUUGCGUGUUCCUUUAUCAUUUUCUUCUGAAUUCCACAACUUUUUUGCAUAGUGUUUUUUGAGCAUUAGAGCACUGCAUGCUUCACGCUGUAGUCUUCUAAACACUGUGUAUCGUUUAACUUAUUAUAAAUCUGUUUCACUUUUUAUGCUUUUUUUUCUUUGUCUUUUUACAUGCUCAUCUGCAUUAUGUAUUUCUCAUAGCUUAUGUCUUGGAAACUCUGUUACAAUUAACUGGACUUUUAAGACCAGGUAGAUUUUGUCUAUUAUAGAACUAUUUUUGCUAAAUCUGCUGUAUUCUAUAAAUAAAGCAAUUCUGUAUUUUAAAAAAGAAA